AUGGACUCCAGAGCUCCCCCUGUCAGCGGCGAUGAUGCAAAGAUCGAGGCUGUCGCAGCAGUCACAACCACACCAACCGCAACGACAAAAACGAACGAUGCUUCCUUCUCAGCCGUCUCCCUCCCAGACUCCUCCUCUCAAGCAGCGUCCGCAGACCGCGACGACAGCUACGACAUCUACAAGCAGUACCAGCACGCCGAGUUCUCGCCCGAGGAAGUCAAGCGCGUGCUGCGCAAGAUCGACCUUCGGCUUCUGCCUGUGCUGAUCGUGACGUACACGCUGCAGUACCUGGACAAGAAUGCGAUCAAUUUUGCGUCCGUGUAUGGGCUGCAGAAGGGGACGCAUCUGACGGGGCAGGAUUAUUCAUGGUUGGUAUGGGGCGCUUUACUGAUGACCACACCCGCCUGCCACAAUUUCGCUGGCAUUGCGACAAACCGCUUCCUGCUCGGCCUCGUCGAGGCCAUCGUCAACCCAGGCUUUGUCCUCAUCAUGAGCAUCUGGUACACGUCGACGGAGCAGCCGUUGCGGUUGGAGGCGUACUACUGCACUAAUGGCAUAGCAACGAUGUUUGGAGGUCUGAUCGGCUACGCAGUCGGAAACAUCACAACCGGCUUGCCCCGGUGGAUGUACGUCUUUAUCAUUUUCGGAGCCGUCUCCGUCGCGACGGGCAUCUGGUCGCUGCUCGUCCUGCCGGACUUGCCCUCGACAGCCAAGUUUCUGACUGAGCGCGAGCGAGCGAUUGCCGUAGAACGCGUGGCGGCCAACCGGCAGGGCGUCAAGAACCGCCAUUUCAAGUGGUAUCAGGUCAAACAGGCCGCACUGGAUCCGAAGACAUGGCUGCUAUUCAUCAUGGCUGUAGGGGCGCAGAUUCCUAAUUCGGCGUUGACGAGCUUCACAUCCAUCGUCGUCCAAUCCUUCGGCUUCGACACCCUGGGCACACAAUACCUACAGAUCCCAGGCGGAGCAGUACAAUUCCUCGCGCUGCUCAUCGGCGGGAUGAUCGCAACUCGCUACGCGGACCGGUUCCACGCGCGCAGCACCUGCAUGAUCGUCGCCAACAGCAUCUGCAUCAUCGGCUCGGCGCUGCUCGUGGCGCUCCCCGAGGCCAACAAAUGGGGGAGACUGGUCGCGCUCUGGCUGUGCUAUUUCCAAGGGCUCGGGUUCAGCCUCAGCCUGACUAUGGUCAGCUCCAACAUUGCGGGAUACACCAAGAAGCAGGUCACGGGCGCGAUGCUCUUCACGGGGUAUUGCGUGGGGAAUAUCAUUGGGCCGCAGACGUUUAAGGCGAGUGAGGCGCCGCGGUAUCAUAGUGCUUAUGUUGCCAUGCUAAUCGGCUACGCCGUCAAACUCAUCGCCAUCAUCGUCCUGUACCUCUACAUGUAUCUCGACAACAAGCGUCGAGAUCGCGAAGCUGCCAGUACUGAAACAGCAAUAACAGCAGGGCCCGAGGACCAAGACGCGAUUGAGAAGGGGAUGCUGGACCAAACUGAGCUCGAUAAUAAAGGGUUCAGAUAUGUCCUGUGA